AUGAAUUCGAAUAUAAUGGGUGAACGAGGCUGCCACCACAUGAUGGCAGCCCUCACGGAGUACAGCUACGCUCAAGUCACCAAGAACGUCUACCUUUAUCCUCUAGAGCUCGCUAAUGUCUCUGCUCUCGGCUCCUACACCCUCGAUAACUUCAUAAAUCUCCUCACACAUAAGGAUAAACCCAUCAAUUACGUGAAGACGACGAUGAAGGGGACCGAGUGGACUCUCUUAAGGAACCUCUUCACGUCUGGCUACCAAGCUUACAAACACGUCAAGCAGAUACGCCUGUUGCUCCACCUACCCAUGGCGACGGACGAAUACCUCACAUAUCUGGACGAUGCCUACCGCCUCCUGCUGGGACUGGAGUACUAUGGCUACCACCUGCUGUACUCGAGGCCCAUCCCAGGCACCACCUAUGUACACUACAACCUGGAUCGAGUCGUAGCUACCAAAUACGAGACUGUGUGGAUCAGACAUUAACGACGAUGGGGGUCUCAGAGUCAUAUGGUUAAGGAUAGUUACCCCUGACAAUGCUCUGGUUUUCUGUAAGAGGAAUAAAACCGUCUGGCGGGUUAAAACAAAUCCGAUAUUUUGUCUUCAGGAUAAAGAUUAGUUUUAAAUGGUGUUAAAUAUGUUCAAGGACUGUCGUGAGCAGAAAUGUGUUCUUAUUGCCAACAGAGAAAAUUUUAAAGUACAAAACGUGAAGAUUCUCGCUCCAGGACCACAACCUUCCGAGUGGCCUUCCUCCUCCUCUUCGGUCUCACCUCCCUCCUCCGCCGCCGCUCGCCGACCCUCUGUGUGCGUAUGUGUGUGUGUGUGUGUGUGUGUGUUCCUCGGUGUUCUGUUGUAACAAAAUGUUUAACGAGUGGUGCAUUUAACACGUACUGAUAGAAAAUAGAAAAAAAUAAAUAAAUUAUAUAUCUCUAUAUAUUAUAGGUGAUAUAAAAUGGUGUCACAGAGUAUACUGUCACCCUUAUGGUGCCACUAAGUGCACUGUCACCCUUAUGGUGUCACUGAGUAAUGUUUACACCAUCACCGAGAGCCAACACUAUAUUAAUAAUCACAUAAAUUUCUGGUAAUUUAUAUACAAACUUGUAGUAACUUAUUUCAGCAUUAAAUAAAAAAGUGGU